UUCCGAUGCUUAUGUGGUCGUGACUAUCCUCUCCGGGACGGUGAGGCGGCAUGACUCUCGGAGGAGUUGAGGGCUCCGCACUUCCCCAGACGGACAGGCUCUUCCGCGCGACACUGACAUGAGACCGACGUGGGGAAGAAACGUUGCUUUCCAUCGCACACUCAAUGGCGCUCCGCAGACCAUCUCUCGCAAGCAUCCGCAACCUGCCGCUGGGCGACCCAGCGCGCAGUCCCCCUCAGAGUCUGCUACCUACCAGCGCAAAGCAGGCUUGCCAGGCCUGCCAGCAGCGCAAGCGCAAAUGUGACAGGAAACAGCCGCGAUGCAGCAUGUGCGAGAAGCGGCAAAUCGACUGCGUCUUUGACCUCAAGGGCGACCCCACGCUAUUAGCAGAUGCGCUCGUCGCGCUCGAGGAGCGCGAAGCGCGAGUGCAGGCACUCGAGCAGCGCGUUGCUGCACUUGAGGGCGUUCUCCGGUCCGUCCCGGAGCUGGCCCAUUUCGCCAGACUGCCAACGGAUGAGCUCCCCGGCUGUUCUCCAGCAAGCAUGGAAGCCGACCUGGCUGCCGUCAGCCUAGACGACGGGCGUGACCGUGGCUCCGAGCUCCUCCCCCGCGAGCUGGUCGACAUGGUUGAGGAGCGCCUCGCUGCCCUGCACCACCCACAGCAGAUCAGCAUCACUAAUACAAUGCACAUCCAUCUCGGGGGCGCGGCGACCGUCGAGGAGACGAAUCAUUGGCCGCCGGCCGAGUGGCCGAGCCGCGAGCGCGGCGAACUCCUUGUUAACACGUUCAUCUCCAUGAAUCCCCUGUACCCGAUGUACUGGAAGGACGAUAUGCAGCAAGAUCUGGCCGCGGUCAUGGAUGGCAAAGGAACACCGCUACAAGAAUACACAAUGACGCUCGUCUUCGCUAUCGCGUGCCAAUACCUCGCACAGCGAGACUGCGAGCAGCUAGACACGGCAAUGUUCCGGCAGAAAGCGUUCAGCCUCAUUGGCGUGGUGCUCCGCUCAGAGCCAGCCAUCCGCUGCGCCGAGGCACUUUUCCUCCUAUGUCUCUACGGCGUAUUCGAUUGGGCAAAUCCGGACCUCGCCCAUGCAUCGCCGCUCGCGUCGCACGUCAUGCGCACGCUUGGCUUAUAUCGCGAUCCGCCAGCGACUCUGCCUCAGCGCGAGCGCGAUCGACGGCGGGCAUUCUUCUGGUCUUUGUACGGAAUCGACCUAGGACUGGCAUCCUUGCUCUACAACUUCCCGGUGGGGUUUGAUGGCACGCAGAUCACGAUGGCGUGGCCGGAGAGCCUCGACGAUAGCAUCGCCGAGAGACACGGUAUCGACCCGAUCGAGACGACCAAGCUAAAUGUCGAGCUGCGUCAAAUUGAGUGGUCCUUCGCCUCAUACCAGCGCGGGACUCGGCCGGAUAUCCGCCCGUCCGAACUCAUCGCUCGCUUGGACGCAUGGCGCGAGCGAGCGCAGCGCACUACGCAAAAGCGACCGCAAGGACCGACCUCGACACACCUCGACAUGUACUACCACAUGCUGCGAGGACAGCUGCAUGGACCACAUCUUGACCCCCACGGCGGAGAUGCGCGGAUUAUGCGCGAGAGCGCGCGCUCGACGCUCGAGUACAUGGUCGCGCUGAAUCAGCAAUCGCUCAUGGGCGACAGCUACUUUCACUUCAAUUACAUGAUCAUCAUGGGCAUGGCACUUUUGUACGCCGUCCUGCGCCUGGACGGAAACCCCGCCAAAUGCGACGCCGCAUGGUGUGCUGCUGCGAUUGACGAUGUUGAGAAGUGUCAAGCAUACCUCCGUUCAUUCUGCAAGGGGUGGCCACACACACGUGUGCUGUCUCAUACAUACGAUUGUUUUGCGGCGCGCGCGAUUGCCCAGCUUCAAAUCCACUUUGAGCGCCCAGCCGGUAUGUCAUUGAUAGAGCUGGUGCCUACGCCUGAAAUGGACGAUAAAAGCGGCAUCCUCGUCGCGGUCAAUCCGGUACAUCCACUUGUCGAGGACCCUCUGCACUUAUUCCAGACCAACCAGAAGGAGGGUGAUGUCGACGCGCUCCUCUCCAUGCUGGGCUGGAAUGCCGAGUGGCUUCCUGAGCUCCUCCCUAGUUUCCAGUAGUGUGUCCAUGCACGUAAUUUGUACAAUCUGA